GAGUUGGAAUUGACUUGAUGGCAACUGACAACAACAACUAGCUUCUACGUGGAGAAGGAUAUUAGAAGGUAAGAAUGGAAGCAGAGAGACCAGAUAAGGGGUUAUUCAGUUGAUUCUAGUGAGAUAAUGGCUUGGACCAAAGGUGAGGCAAGAUGUAGAGAGACAGAUUUACAAAACAUUUUAUAGAUAUAUUUUGUUCUUAGAUGGUGAGAUCCUUGGAGUUGGCCAACAUGACCAGAGUUCAGGAGUUUAUCCUGCUGGGUUUGUCCACAACGGUGGGCAUACACGGUGCCCUGUUUGCCAUCUUCUUGAGCCUCUACCUGUUGACUUUAUUAGAGAAUACUCUGAUCAUCUACCUCAUCUUCAGUCACAGUGAGCUCCGCAAGCCCAUGUACUUCUUCCUGGGUAACCUGAGCUGCCUGGAGAUGUGCUACAUGUCAGUGACCAUGCCCAGCCUGCUUGUGGGGCUGUGGACAGGGUUCUGCCAUGUGCCCUUUACAGUCUGCAUGACCCAACUCUUCUUUUUCAUCUCUCUUAUCUGUACUGAAUGUACCCUCCUGGGCUCCAUGGCCUAUGAUCGCUAUGUGGCCAUCUGCUGCCCACUCCACUACCCACUACUCAUGCGGCCACAGGUCUGCCUGGGCCUGGCCUUGUCCUCAUGGCUUGGUGGUCUUCUGGUCUCCGUGGCCAAGACAACAUGCAUUGCAAGCCUAUCCUACUGUGGCCCCAAUGUCCUCAACCACUUCUUCUGCGAUGUCUCCCCUCUGCUCAACUUGUCCUGCACCCACGUGGCCCUGACAGAGCUGGUGGACUUCAUCUCUGCCAUCGUUAUCCUCUGGGGUUCCCUCCUAGUGGCCAUGGCCUCAUAUGCAGCUAUUGGUAGGGCUGUGCUCCACAUGCCAUCAGCCACUGCCCGUCGCAAGGCCUUCUCCACGUGUGCCUCCCACCUGGUAGUGGUGGGUAUCUUUUACUCAGCCACUAUCUUCAUCUAUGCCCGUCCCAGCCGCAUAGAGGCCAUGGACCUCAACAAGGUGCUCUCGGUCAUUUACACAGUGGUCACGCCCAUGUGCAACCCAAUCAUCUACUGCCUUCGGAACAAGGAGGUCCAGGGAGCUUUCCGUAGAACUCUGCAUAGGUCCUGACACUGACCAGCUGACCGGGGCGUGAGGGAAGAUCUCAAGUGACCAAUACCCUAUGUUUUAUUGAGCUAUCAUUCACCUACCAUAAAAUCCACCCUUUUAAAAUAUACAAUUCAGUGAUUUUUUAGACUAUUCACGAUGUUGUGCAACCAUCACCACUACUUAAUUCCUGAUUCCAUCACCCCCAAAAGAAACCCUUUACCCAUUAGCAGU